AUGGCGGAGAUUCGAAUCGGAGAGUACCUAUUCCGCCGUCUCAAGCAGAUGGGCAUUGAGACAGCUUUUGGCGUCCCAGGAGAUUAUGAACUCGCACUUCUUAACUACGUAGAGCCUUCUGGUCUGAAUUGGAUCGGCACGCCAAAUGAACUAGUCGGAGCCUAUGCUGCUGAUGGAUACGCCCGCCUUAAGGGCGCCGCUGCCCUAGUCACAACUUUUGGGCCGGGAGAGCUGAGUGCUCUCUGUGGACUUGGAGGUUCCUUUUGUGAAAUGGUUCCGGUUCUCCAUAUUGUUGGAUACCCGUCGUUUGCAGCUCAAGCAAGCGGCCAGAUCUUGCACCAUACUCUCGGCGAUAUGAGCUAUGAUCACUAUGUCCGCAUGUCUUCGGAGCUGUCUUGUGCAACUACUGUUUUGAAGGAUCCAAGUAACGCUACCGCUGAAAUUGAUCGAGUCUUGAAUGCUAUGAUGUACCUGUCACGUGACCCACUGCACACCUAG